AUGUCUUACAAUCCUUAUGCGUACACCGGAAAUGCAAAUGAAGUCGUAACUGACCGAUUUGCUAAUAACAAUAACCAACCACAACAACAUGGUUCAUUCAGUGGACCAUCUAAUGGCUAUGAUAACAAUUUCAAUGUUCAACCAAACAUGGUUCCUCAACAACAAUCACAGCAGCAACAACAACAACAACAACAACAACAACAGCAACAACAGGGAUUCCCAUUCCAAGAUCCUCGUAAUACGAUGGCUUUCCAAAUUGGUCAAUCUGCAUUUAAUAAUUUUAUAGGACAAGAUAAUUUUAAUCAAUUUCAAGAAAAUGUUAAUAAGAUGACAGGUUCUUCUUCAUCUUUAUCUCAUUAUUUCCAAGUUUCUACUGUUUACGUAUUAAAUAAGAUUAAGCAAAUUUUAUUUCCUUUCACUAACAGUAAUAAUUGGCAACGUAUUAUUGAUAACAAUUCACAAUCAAAUAAUGGUAAUGGUGUUAAUUUCUUACCACCAACAGAAGAUAUUAAUUCGCCAGAUCUUUAUAUACCCAUUAUGGGUCUUGUAACAUAUAUUCUUAUUUGGAAUACACAACAAGGUUUGCAAGGUUCAUUUAAUCCAGAAAAUCUUUAUUACAAAUUAUCAUCCAUUCUAGCAUUUGUUGGUUUAGAUUUAUUCAUUUUAAAAUUAGGAUUAUAUUUAUUAGUAAAUACAAAAUCUCCAACAACAAGUAUAACAGAAUUGAUUUGUUACGUUGGUUAUAAGUUUGUUCCAUUAACUUUAGCACUAUUUUUCCCACAACAACCAUUAUGGAUUUCCAUCCUCGGUAAGAUGUAUCUUUUCAUUGCGUUUGGUGUCUUCUUAUUAAGAUCUGUUAAAUUUAACUUAUUUAAUAAUUCUAAUGAUGAUAUGGGUAGUGUUAAUAAAGCUACAGUUAAGAAAUGCAAUUAUUUCUUAUUUGUUUACGGUUUUGUUUGGCAAAGUGUAUUGAUGUGGUUAAUGGGAUAA